UGGCCUGCGACACUUCCCGCGGCUGUUUUGACGUUUCAAUAAGAUGUUUAAAUUCUGUGUUUUUGGACUUAAAACUGGUCAAUAUUAAGUAAAAUGAUCCACGAAUUAUUGCUAGCAUUGAGUGGUUACCCCGGCGCAAUUUUCACGUGGAACAAGCAAAAUGGUUUGCAGGUUUCCCAGGACCUGCCAUUUCUUCACCCCAGUGAAACCAGUGUCCUGAAUCGACAAUGCAAACUUGGCACUGAUUACAUACGGUUUACCGAGUUCAUAGACCAGCACACAGGGCAUGUCCUUCAACAGGAGCAUCACUCCAACCAGCCCAACCAGACAGGACUCCAUGGCACUUACUUGAGUGCGUUUUGCACAGGACUGGACUCCAUGCUGCAGCCGUACAGACAAGCCCUGCUCGACUUGGAGCAGGAAUUCCUUGGAGAUCCACAUCUAACAAUAUCCCACGUGAACUACAAACUCGAUCAGUUUCAGCUGCUUUUUCCGUCUGUGAUGGUGGUGGUAGAGACAAUAAAAUCACAGAAAAUCCAUGGUUGUCAGAUCAUGGAAACGGUGUACAAGCACAGUUGUGGUGGACUUCCUCCUGUCCGCAUGGCCUUGGAGAAGAUCCUGGCUGUGUGCCAUGGUGUUAUGUACAAACAGCUGGCGGCUUGGAUGCUUCAUGGAUUGUUGCUGGACCAGAGCGAGGAGUUUUUUAUAAAACAAGGUCCCAGUGGAGGAGGUGGUGCAGCUAACCAGGAGGAGGAAGAGGAGGAUCUUGGUCUCGGAGGCUUUAGCGGAAAGCAGCUGAGGGAGUUGCAGGACUUGAGGCUGAUCGAGGAGGAGAAGAUGCUGGCUCCUUCUCUGCAGCAGUUCUCCUUGCGGACCGAGAUGUUACCGUCGUACAUCCCCAUACGUGUGGCUGAGAAAAUCCUUUUUGUGGGCGAGUCAGUGCAGAUGUUUGAAAACCACAACCAUGGUCCAUCUCGAGCUGGCUCCAUACUCAAGCACCAGGAGGACAUGUUUGCUGCUGAGCUUCAUAAACUCAAACAGCAACCUCAUUUCAGUCUUUCAGAUUUUGAAAAUCUGAUUGAUCAUAUCCGCAGCACCGUGGCAGAGCAUCUUUGGACUUUGAUGGUGGAGGAGUCAAAUCUUCUCGAGCAGCUGAAGAUUAUUAAAGAUUUCUACUUGCUGGGACGCGGUGAGCUCUACCAGGUCUUCAUUGACUUGGCACAACACAUGCUGAAGACACCGCCAUCAGCUGUCACAGAGCACGAUGUGAAUGUGGCAUUUCAGCAGGCAGCUCACAAAGUUCUGCUGGACGAUGACAAUCUGCUGCCUUUGCUUCAUCUCACUGUCGACUAUCAGGGCAAAGAAAAAGAAACAACAGGUGCCAGAGAUGGAGCAACUCCACCACAAGACACAUCCCCGCGUGAGGUCCCCCUCACUGGCUGGGCCACGCUGGGUCUCAUCUACAAGGUCCAAUGGCCACUCCACAUCCUCUUCACCCCUGCUGUUCUGGAGAAGUACAACGUUGUGUUCAGGUACCUGCUGAGUGUGAGGCGAGUGCAACUGCAGCUGCAGCACUGCUGGGCCCUGCAGAUGCAGAGGAAACAUCUGAAGUUCAGUCAGACAGACAUUAUUCUCUGGAGGCUGAGGAACCAUAUGGCAUUUUUGAUUGACAACCUCCAGUACUACUUACAGGUAGAUGUGCUGGAGUCUCAGUUUUCUCAGCUGCUCCAGCAGAUCAACUCCACCAGAGACUUUGAGAGCAUCAGACUGGCCCACGAUCACUUCCUCAGCAACCUGCUGGCACAGUCCUUCAUCCUCCUGAAGCCUGUCUUCCACUGCUUGAACGAAAUCAUUGAGCUCUGUCAGAACUUCUGCUUGCUUGUCAAUCAGUGUGUUGCACCACUGGAUGAGAGGGGAAUGGCCCAGCUGGACCUACUGGGGAAGGGUUUCAAACGUCAGUCCUUCCUGCUGUUCACGAUCCUUUCACGUGUGAGAAAUUCUCAGAUCAACUCAGACCUCGCCCAGCUUCUCCUGAGACUGGACUACAACAAGUACUACACCCAUGCGGGGGGAACCCUGGGCAGUGUUUGAGCUGACCAUGACCGUCUUACUGAAGCAUCACAUCAUACAAAGCAUCAUGUGCUAAGCCUGAGAACUUCAGAGCUCACCAAAGUUUGGAGACCACUCACUCCCAGCUGUGUCAGUAAUGACAAGGACAGAGAGCAUCUGGGCAGAAAUUAGACUGGACAAGAUUAGCAGCUGCCUGACCGCUAUAAACAUGCAAAUACUACAUAUACUCUCUACACACAGCUCUGCCAGAAAUCCACAGCCGUCAAAAACGUGUUCAUCCAUGGUUCAGUAUUAAGAGAGUCAUUCCUCCUUGAUUGAUUGUUUCUCCAUUUGGAUUGUUUGAUGUAUGUGCCUGUUUCACUGAUCUGCCAUGUAAAUAUAAAUACCAACCCCAGUAAAAGCAAACAUGAAACAGGUCACAGUUUAUUAUCUGAUAAAAACAGCAGAUUAUAUUUACAGCAGGUGCAUGCGACUAAAAUGCAACAUUUAAAAUGGCUAAAGGUGCAGUGCACAUGUGGACUGGAAUUAUGAAGAAGAUGAUGAAGAUGUAGUUGUUGAGGAGUAGUUGUGAUGAUACUGAGGUUUGCUGUUAAAUUCCUGACGCUCCCCAGUAAUGAGACUCUGGAUCAGCCACUCGGCAGAAACGAGUGGGAUUUUCUGCGAAGUUACAUUCUCCUGCAGCGACGGUGGACAACUCUGGUCCAUCAGUACCACGUCGAACUUCCCAGCAGCAGGAACGUCUGCAGAUAAAGAAAAACAGCUAUGUCUACACUGUCUGUGACUGUUGCCUGUUUAAACCUUGUAUUAAGUAAAUAUGUUUCAAGUCAAGUUUUUAAUGAGUAUUGACAAGUACUUGACCUAUAUUCUCACCGGUGCCAUCUUUGUCCGGCUGGAAGUGACGAGUGGAGGAGGCUCCACCCAUGGUGGCGAGCUGAGCCAACAGCUCCUCGGGCUUCUCAAACACCAGCAGGAACUUGAGUGACUUGAACGGAAAGCUGCGAGGAUGCCUGAUAAAUGAGAUGAAAAUGCAGAACAAAAUGAAAACAGGGAGAUUAACAGAAUUAUGAACAAUGGAGCUACUUUUGACAUAUUAGCAGUCAACAAUAGAUGAUCACUCCUUACCACUCCACUGGAGUGUUGUCAGGCCCGAUGCCUGCAGGGAGCAGGUAGUUCCGAUAGUUGAGCAGCUUGUUGUCUCGGCAGCAGUCUCGCACCCAAAUAUGUGAGACACACGGUACGCCACUGGCCAGGCACAGCAGAUACUUCCGGGUCCGGCAGUGCUGGUCGGCGAUCAGCAGGCUCUGGUACGCGGCUUUACACUGGAUUUUGGAGGGAAAAGGUGACUUUUUCUUUCAGGAGAUUUGAAACAUCUCUAGCUGAGUGUCUGCAGGCCACUUUAUUUUAUGUAGGCCUUAAUAAACAGUCAUUAUACUGAAGAAAAAGAUGCUACAGUGUCACCUGUUCUUCAUUGAAGUCUGGAAGGAUGAAGCCUCCGCCAGCCUGCAGCUGAGACUCAGUAUACUUCUUGUUGAAUGGACCCGUU